AUGCGCUUCACGUCGACUACACUCACGGCCUCGAGCCUGCUUCUCGCUAGCUCGGCUGCCGCCAAGGCCUUCAACUUUGAUAACCAUCUGGCACCGCGAGCGACUAUGACGCUCGUCGGCUGCUACAGCAGCAGCAAGGGCCUCGGCAAUCAAACCUCAUAUACCUUCCAAAGUUCUGGAUGGUGCCAGGACCGAUGCACCGGUUCCGACUACAACUCAGCCGUAUUUGCCUUGACAGGGGGUUCGAAUUGCUUGUGUGGUGACGAGCUUCCUCCGACAUCCGACAAGGUGUCCACUGACAAGUGCAACACGCCCUGCGAUGGCUGGCCUCAGGAUAUGUGCGGUGGAAAUGGUUUUUACUCCGUGUACACAACCGGUCUGGAAACCGAUGUUUCCAGUGUAUCCGCAUCGACGACGAGUGGCACUACCGAGUCGACCGCCACCAAGACCAACGGGGCAACAGCUUCUGUCUCCACCGGCGCUAGUGGAGAGACGAUCGUGGUGACCAGCUCUAGCCAGCCUCGACUUGGCGCAGAUAACGUGGAGGCCCAGCAGAAGAGCAGCCACAACACCGCCGCGAUCGCUGCUGGUGUGGUGGUUGGCGUGGUUGGCGUGGCCGCUCUGGCAGGUGCUGCCUGGUUCUUCUACCGAUCCAAGAAGCAAAAGGCGGAAGGAUUCCCCGGUACUACCGGUGGCUACAGUCGUGACUCGCAGCCGCCAUCCAUGACAGACUCGCGAUUCGACGGUGGCUACAUGGCACAACGCCGCCAAAGCAAUGGCAGCAUCGAUGAUGACCACGACUUCUCCCGCCGAAUCUUGCAGGUGACCAACCCCGACGGAGGCCACUACUAGGUGACCAAUCCUGACCACUAAACUGCACGACUCCUCCCUUUCAUCCUGUUACCACUCAGCCAUUUCGCAUCUCGAUUGUUUCCUUCCCUUCGGCCCCCUCUGCUUUUUGAGAGCCCUGUUUCCGUUGUCACAUUUUCCUCGGGUUAUUUAGCGGAGUUAUGAUAUCCGAAAGGCAUAUGGCUCGACCCGAUUCGAUGUUCAUAUUUGGUGAUUUUUACUUUCUACCUUGUGGCCGGGUUGCUGGAUCGCUGGACACGCUG